AUGAACGCCCGUGCGACACGGUCUGUCGCUACCGACCCUGACUUCUUUCUUGUUGAGACCCCGGAGUCACUCAUCGGCCUGCAUGUGAUUCAUCUCAAACGAGAGACGAUACUGCGCGUGGAAUCUCGACAUAAGCUACCCCGGGAAAUAGGGUGCUACCGGCCACGACAUGAUCGGAAAACCGAUGUGCCUCUCUGCCUAGCGGAGGCCAGGAUUUCUCCAUGGUCACAAACCGCAUGGGCGAUGAUUCCACUCCACCCAAAUGAGCUGACCCUCGCAUGUCAACAUUGUCUUAGUGCUGGUAUCGCCAAUGUAUCGCAAGUCUACAAUAUUGAAUUAGAAUAUAAGAACAGAUUUGAUUCCAUGUGCCCGAGGUUCCCCUUGAGCGCGAGAAUGACACAUGCUUUGCUGGUGGAGAUGACGGUCGCCACCGCACCGAUUUCCACUGGAUCACCCAAAAGUGUGCCUGUUCCGUGA